UGAAACUAUUGUGCAACUCUUUUUUGAUUUUUCUGUUAAAAAUCAAAAUUGGGUGUGUGUGUGUGAGAGAGAGAGAGAGACAGAGAGUGAGAGUGAGAGAGAAAUAGAUUGAACAAUGUAUUCGAGUUCGAAUCACAGUAACGGCUACCACCCACAACACCAACACGAAGACAAUCGUUUCGGACAAACACACAGUCACAGCAAGGACCGAGUUCGCAGGUACACUCGUGGCGGCGCUACUAGUACUAAUAGUAGGUCACGUGACUUCAGGGACUCCCAUGGCCAUGCUGGUCCUACCUCUGCCUCUGCCCUUAGGGUUUCUGACCAGCACCAGAAACCUGCUACUGAUUUCGACAUGGCUUACUUUCACUCUUACGCCCACGUUGGCAUUCACGAAGAAAUGAUCAAGGAUCGUGUACGGACUGAAACUUAUAGGAUGGCAAUCAUGCAGCAUCAGAGCGCUAUUGCAGGCAAAGUUGUAGUGGAUGUUGGUUGUGGCACAGGCAUUCUGUCGAUAUUUUGUGCCCAAGCUGGUGCAAAACGGGUAUAUGCUGUUGAUGCAAGUGAGAUUGCAUUGCAGGCAAAUGAAGUUGUGAAGGCUAAUAAUUUAUCUGAUACAGUCAUUGUAUUGCAUGGAAGAGUUGAGGAUGUUGAAAUAGACGAGGAGGUUGAUGUUAUAAUUUCCGAAUGGAUGGGCUACAUGCUUCUCUAUGAGAGUAUGCUGGGAAGUGUGAUCACUGCAAGAGAUCGAUGGCUGAAGCCUGGAGGUCUUAUACUUCCUUCAAAUGCAACGUUGUACAUGGCACCAGUUACGCACUCUGACAGAUACAGUGAAAGCAUUGAUUUCUGGCGCAAUGUUUAUGGAAUUGAUAUGUCUGCCAUGUUGCCACUAGCAAAACAGUGUGCAUUUGAGGAGCCAUGCGUGGAGACAAUAACGGGUGAGAACGUUUUGACAUGGCCGCAUGUGGUAAAGCAUGUUGACUGUUAUACAAUUACAAUUCAUGAGCUAGAAUCUGUCACAACUAGAUAUAAGUUCAAGUCAAUGAUGAGAGCUCCACUGCAUGGGUUUGCAUUUUGGUUUGAUGUUGAAUUCAGUGGACCUGCUGUAUCUCCCUCCAAUAAUCACACACUAUCAUUGCUUGUUGAUAAUAAUCCCAUAGAUGGUAGUCAGAGGAAGAAACGGGCAAAUCCCAAUGAAGCAUUGGUGCUGUCCACUGCACCUGAGGACCCUCCAACACAUUGGCAACAGACAAUGAUAUACUUUUAUGACCCGAUAGAGGUGGAGCAAGAUCAACUGAUUGAAGGCUCGGUAACACUAUCACAAAGCAAAGAAAAUGCUCGAUUCAUGAAUAUUCACCUUGAAUAUGCUUCGGGUGGCCGAGCCUUUGUAAAGGAGUCAGUAAUGCGAUAAUCAUCCUAAGGAUUCUCCUCAUUGUUAUCUGUGUUGGGCUUCUUGGAGCAAAUCCUUUUCAACUAAUUUCAUGGCUCAACCUGGGACUGUCUUGCCUACAUUUCUUAGUGAAGUUUGCUUCUCCAAACAAAACUCUGAGGGUGAGGCUGUGGACACGAAUUUCACCAACUUUAACCUAACAGAGUCCUCACGAAGAUGAAAUGAUUCAUUAACUAAAUUAAAUAUAAGCAUAGGUAAAUUUUGAUGUUAUCCCUGUUUGUUUUUUGACAUUGUUGGCUUAGUUUGCACUUGAGGUUGUAUUUUAUCUAAAUGGAUGUGAGUUACUAGAUGAGUGUGUCAUUCAAUUCUCUCAGUUCAACAAUAUGUUCCUUGUGACACCAUUUUUGAGGCUACAAGUGACUGAUGUAUUAAUCAAACUGUUGUAUUUGAAAUUUCUCUUGAUUUAUA